AUGCCUUUCCCAUACAAGACCGUUCUCAUCACCGGUGCCACCUCGGGCAUCGGCCAGGCCCUCGCUGAGCGCAUGAUCGCAAGCGGCGUCUUCGUCAUCGCCGUUGGUCGCCGCAAGGAACGCCUCGACGACCUUGUCAAAAAGCACGGUUCCGACAAGGUCGCCGCCGAACCCUUCGAUAUCUCCGACCUCUCCGCCCUUCCGAACUGGGUUAAGCACAUCACAACCACCUACCCCAAGCUGGACUCCAUCGUCCUCAACGCCGGCCUCCAAAAGACCUUGUUGUUCACUAAGCCCGAAACAAUUGACCUAGCCGCCCAUUCCACCGAGCUCACAACCAAUUACCUCUCCCCCCUGCAUCUAAUCACCCUCUUCCUCCCGCACCUCAUCUCCCUCUCCCCCCAGCCCACAUCCAUAAUCGUGGUCUCCUCCUGCCUCUCUCUCAUCCCCCUUCCCGCUGCGCCAACUAUUGCGCAACCAAAGCCGCCACGCACUCUCUCGUCUGUCAUCGAGAUCUUGCCUCCGGCCGUAAAGACGGAGUUGCAUAAGAUCCAGAAGGAUCUGGUAGAGCAGGGGCAGGGCGAUUUUGGUAUGGAGCUGGAUGAGUUUGCUGAUUUCACUUGGGGAGAGCUGGAGAAGGGGGAUGGCCCGGAUGGGAGGGAUGAGAUUACGGUUAAGGAGACUAGGGAGUGGGUGGAGAUGGACCAUAAGCGGAGAGGGGUGUUUGAGGGGUAUGUGAGGGGUUGUAGGGAGGGGGGGAUGAAGUUUUAG